AUGGAUCGUGGAUCCGCCCCCUAUAGCGUUCGAUUAUCGAUGAUGCUUGGCACUGUGCCCUCAUGCCCGCCAACCAUCAAACGAAACAUCGUUGACAAGCAAUUAACAUUCUUAUUAAGGCUCUCGCUCCUUGGCAUCGAUCGCCACGCCCUAUUUGGCGCAUACGGGAUGCGGCGCGCGCUGCUUGCGGCCGUCCUCAUAGCGACCACCUACGCGAACGUCUUCUCCGAAGGCGGCGCGCUGGGUGAUCUUGUUUAUCAGGAGGAAUAUGGUUAUCCAAAAUUAAACUCGUAUUUGGACGGUGCAGAAAUAGAAGACAGAAUCCAGGAAUCUUAUCCUAAAGAAGAAGUACAGGAGGAAAGACUGAGAAACGCUAGAGAAUCACAGGAGUACAAUGAAAAUCUUGAGGAAAUCCUCCGAGAACUGGAGAAACAAAAUCAAGAGUUGAAACAGGAGGACUUUGCAGUUCCGGGCGAAGUUGAAAUCGAAUUACAAAAAACCAAAGAACUACCAAAAGAGGCCGUUAAUAAGGUGACCACUGGAGCAGAGGAAACGCAAACGCAACCGGAUGUUGCGGUGGAGCAACCUCUGGUAGCUCAGAAGAAGGGCCAGAAUGAGUUCGUUUCAUUUGUGGAACCAGUCGAUGCGAAACAAACGAAAUCAGUUGCUACAUUGGAGAAACGUCGCCUUGCCGGCGCAUCAGAAUUCUCAAGCAGUCUACCCACAUACAGUGACAAUUUGCUUAUGAUUGCCGUAGGAACAGUACUCAUCGUAGGAAUGGUUGCUUCAGUCGUAGGUGGAGGAUAUUACAUCAAAAGACGUCGUAGUUCUCCGGAUGACAGUGAAUACGCUCCUUAUGCUGGGACUGGACCUGGAUUCAAGAAGAGCAAGGGCGACAAAGGGGACGAGUCUUUAGCGUACAAAGCUCAGCUGCAUCAGUAUCAGCAGGCAAAGCAAAAGAUUAUAUGCGGGGAGGAUGCACCUGCUGGACUCGAAUCGGACGGAGAAGACGAUGGCGCCGAUGACGAGAACAAUUUCAGCGUGUAUGAAUGCCCUGGACUGGCACCAACAGGCGACAUCGAAAAAAAAAAAACUCCCGAGAACUGCAGGGAUACUGGAGCGGAUUUCUUCCGCGUUCAUUUCAAUCGAUAUACUCAACCGAUCUACCCUCCGCGUGGCCGAGAAGUUUCAAGACUGGACAUGCCUGGAAGGAGAUAUGAAUGA